AUGGUAACGAUUGUUGAUGAUUUAGAUUUUUUAACGGUUCAAGAGGCGAUUUUUAAAGAUGUCAAAUAUUACCUCUCUGGCGAUGUUUCGGAAAGGACUAUGCAGUUACUUCAGUCCGGUGGAGGUGAAAGCACGAAAUAUUUUUCUGACUACGUUACUCAUCUAAUUUGUGGUCAAAAUGCUGCUGAUACAGACAUCGAUGAAGCUGGUGACAUCUACCAGAUUCCUGCUGUGACUGAAUAUUGGGUCUGGGCUUCUGCCAGAUUGAAGAAGUUGGCAAAUCCAAAUCCUUACUGCCCUAGCAAGAACAAAAUAUUUACAAAUGUUGUUGCUUGUGUAUCCAAAGUGAGUCCUUCCGACGCGAAGGCUUUAUUUGCAGUGAUAACUUACCAUGGUGGCAAAAUUAAGUUAAAUUUGGAUAGUAAGUGUACUCAUUUAAUUUGUGGUUCAACAAGUGGUAAAAAAUACAUUGGUGCAAUAUCUUUUAGUAACAAAGUGAAAAUUGUUACUCCAGAUUGGGUUUUAGAGAGUCUACAAGCAAGACAACUUAUAGAGAGUGACAAUUUUCACCCUAAGUUAUUGGUUGUGCCAAAACCUCUUAAACCCAUGGAUCGCAUUAGUGCAAUCACAGGUUUUGAUUUUGAGGAAGGUAUUGCUAAGAACGAAGUUCCCACACAAAACAUGUCGGAAAAUAAAAAUGAUGACACUAAAGCACUACUAGAUAAAUUGAAACAAAGAAUGCCUUGGAACCACAACCCUUCCACAGCAAACUCUUCAACUGUAUGUUCAAGUAAUGUUAGUUCUAUGGGAUACACUAAUGCUGUGAAUACAAGUAGCAUUGUAACUAAGUCCUUGCCACAAGGAAUUGUAUCACAAAAUGUACAAAUACAAGGUGGACAGGCUAAUAAUUCACAGUUAUUGCAAAAAUUUGGCCAAAACUCUAAUAUGCCCCAAGCAAAUAUUGUUCAAAAUCAACAAAUUAAUAUUCAGCAAGGUUACUCUCAGGUUCAACAAACCCAACAACCACAUGGAUUAUCGGCUAUUCAAAUACAACAACAGAAAUUACUGCAACAACAUCAACUUAGGAUGCAAAUGUUGCAACAAGGAUUUACACAACCAAAUGUAUCACAAAUUAAUCAAAAUAUAUCUAAGCAAAUACAACAGCACUUACAACCAAACCAACACCAUGUCCAACAAUCUCAAACUGUACAGCAACAACAACAACAAAAUACAACAAUGACAUCGGCCCAACAACAAAUUGAGAAUAUUAGUCAAAUGUUAAGUCAAAGUGCAAAUAACAUGCAACAGGCCCAACUCAAUCAGCAAAAUAUGGCUAUGAAACAGAGUUUAACAUUGAGUCAACAAAGUGCAGUCCAAAAUAUUGCACAAGAAUUAGCUCAAUCUACUCAAAAUUUACAACAGAGCCUCCAAAAUGCUAAACUAAAUCAAAACCUUGGCCAAGGUCAAGUAAUAAAUCAACAGCAGUUGAUGAAUUCUGGACAGCAACAUGCAUCACAAAACCAAGGAAUGAUGCAACAGCAAACUGUUCAAUCUCUUACAAAUCAACAACAAAACUUGAACAUGGGUGUUCAGCAAGGUCUUGUUACAUCUCAAGCUCAACCACAAGGGCAGUUAAAUCAACUCGUCAGUAACACAUCCCAGCAGUCAGUUAUUGGUCAGCAAAUUCAACAAUCAAUUCAAGGACAACAGAGUGCAAAUAUGUCCGUUCAGGGAUCAUGGAGACAACAGAAUAUUCAAAUGGUUCAAAAUGUCCAAGGCCAGCAUCAAAUUAUUAGAAGUCCCUUAGUGCAAUCUAGAAAUUCGCAAAACCAAGUUAUAUUGCAGCAGCAGAUAAUGCAAACUCAGCAACAAUCUCUACUAAACAACCAACAAUCUCAAUUGAGUCCACAACAUGGUGUUCAACAAUCACAACAGAUUUUGCAACAUUCUAUUGGCUCUCAAGGGCAAUCAAUAAAUCAAACACAUCACCAAAUAUUAGUUCAAAAACAGCAGUUACUAAAUAGUGGAGGGCAACAGCAGCUUGUUCAAGCUCCUCAGCAAGUGUUAAUUAAUCAACACACGGGGCAUCAGCAAAUAUUAGUUCAUGGGAACCAGCAAGUAACAUUGCAAGGAGGGCAGCAAAUAGUUUCUCAAAGCCAAAUUGUUCACCAAGGCGGGCAACUGGUAAACCAAGGAGGGCAAAUUCUAAGCCAAGGUACACAGCAAGUUCUAGCUCAAGGCGGCCAGCAUGUAAUCUCGCAGCAGGGGCAGCAGCAUCAGGUAGUGAUAGCUCAGUCAUCUCAGCAAAUUGUGUCACAGCAACCUGGGCAGCAAAUUAUUGGACAAAAUGUUGGACAAGGCCAGCAAGUUUUAUCUCAAGUGCCCCAAUCACCUCAGCCUAGCCAGAUAGGAAGUGGGGGUAUCCAGCAAAUAAUAACCCAUGGUGGCGGUCAACAGAUAGUUUCACCAGGAGGACAACAAAUUGUCCCAGGUGGACAGAAUGUUUCCUGGCAACAGCAGCAGUACAUACAACAAAGGCAAACUAUUGGACAACCCGCUGGAGUGGGACAAAGGCCUCUUCAAGUCUCUUGGACAGCGGGGGGCGGUGGUCGUCAGCUCAUACAUUUGGAUGCGCAGACGCACGCGCAGUUGCAGCAAAUGGACCCCCAACAACGCGCCAUGUUUGUUUCGCAAUUGCAGAAACGACGCCAACUUCAUAUACAGAGGGCUUUAGCUCAACAACAGCAACCAGUAGUUUCGGGUGCGCCUGCGACUCAGAACGUGACAUUCAUACGAAGCCCAUUACCGCCUGGACUUAAUCAGCAACAACAACAGAUACAAUGGCAAGUUCAACAACCAGGGAUUCGAACGGCCACUUUACCUGCCGCUACGCCUACACAGACACCACAAUCACCAGUUGGUGCGGUGGGCGGAACUGUAGGAGCGGUAGGUGGGGCUGCAAAUGUAGGUGUGGUCGAGACGCAAAUUCAGCAGUUGCAACGUCAGCAACAAUACAGGUUGCAGCAGUUACAGGCGCAGAGGGAACACGCCCAUCAUCAGGCAGCCAAGCAGGUGGUGCCAGUUUCUCAGCAUGUCGUAACGCCUCUUCAGGAACAACAAGUUGAUGCCAUCCUCACGCCCACCACUCCUGAUCAGCAAGGCGCAGGAGCACUGUUAGUAAAUCCGAAGACCAAAACGGCUCUGGCCAACAUGCUGUCUAUCCGUCUACAGGGUACAGCACCUCCCAACGAGCAUGAACCAUCUGCCGCUGGGACGCUUAGGUUAAUGACUGCUGCGCACGCGGCGGGCGGGGCAGUGAGAGCGCCUGCGCGGCUUCUCUUGGGUGCAACGCAUCAUCCGCACACAGUGCCCACCCCUGUGGGUACUGCAGUUCAAGUAGGCAACAAAGUGUACGGCAGUGUGGGUGUCGGGGGGGUGAGGGCGGCGCCCCCUAGGGCCCAGUUUUAUGGCCACAAUCCUAACCUCAAACUUCCGCCCGAUCUGUUCCUAUUGGGAUGCGUCUUUCAUGUGGUCGAAUACCAGCAGUCGGUGGGUAGCGAGCGAGUGUCGCGUUGGACAGAGGCCAUCCAACGACGGGGAGGCGAAGUGGAAGCUGGCUACUGCGCAAGAGUCACUCACGUGCUCUGCGAGACGCAGCGACAUGGAGUUGUUAUGCAGGCACUCCGUGACGCCAAGCGUUGUGUGACAGCAUAUUGGGUAUCAGACACAAUGGAGCGUAGGGCAGUGGCGCCACCUUGGCAAGCAAUACAUUUGCCCACUAUGUACUCCGCGAGGGAGAGACCGGCCAGACAUCAUCGAGCUGUGCUUUCUGGAUGGAGGAGAGAUGAAAGACGCCGGUUGGCUUGUUGCUUGAGACAAGUUGGUGCUAAGCUCACACCAUACAUGACGAGAGAUAACACGGUGUUAAUAUGCAAACGCGCGGAAGGAAACAAGUACAGACGUGCGCGCGAGUGGGCCAUACCAGUGGUCAGCGCAGCCUGGAUCACUGAUCUCUUGCUUGGCAAUAUGACUGCGCUUUCGCAGAUUGAGAAUGCAAAAUAUCAACAGUUUAAUUUAGCGAGCCCCUUCCGAAUGGACCACGGCUUGGUUUCACAUCUUAUGAACGCGUGGAAAAUGCCAAUAAACAUAACGCAAGAAUCUCACGAGCGCGCGAAGCGGUCGGCGGCGGCGGUGGGCGAACGCAGGGCCAAAAGGCCUCGCCUCGACGCGCCACCGCCCCUGCCCUCUCACACCGCACCGCCUGCCCCACCUCCUCUGCACCUCGCCCCGAGGGUGCUUUUUUCCAACGUCACGCCCGUGCAACAGGCUAGGCUUGCAGCCAGCGUCAGACAACUCGGAGGAUUAGUGGUCACAUCGGCAUCGGAGGCAACUCAUCUCGUGAUGGAGAAGCUGGUCCGCACUUGCAAAUUGGUCAGUUGUCUCAUCACUGUCAAGCACCUACUUACCACCGAAUGGGUGACAGAGAGUCAGAGGCUCAACAAAUUCGCUGAUGAGGCGAAAUAUGCUCUUCGCGACGAGGACUUUAAUAAAGCUUUCAAGUGCGAUGUUGACGAGGUCCUCCUCAGCGGAGAGCAAAGGAAGAAGAUCUUCGAAGGCAUCACGUUCUUCUUAACGCCAUGUGUGAAACCGGCGAAAGCCAGUCUCACGGAAAUGAUAGAGCUAUGUGGUGGAAGAGUAGAGAAGAACCGUAGAUCAUAUAUUUCCAUACAAGAGAUUCACAACCAGAGGCCGUACAGCUAUCUCGUUCUAACGGUUCCAAAUGACCUGCAUUUGGUGUAUUAUUUGCUGCAGACGGAGAAAACAUUGAAUGUCGUUUGCAGUACUGAAGUGGUCCUCUCGGCUAUUAUGAGGCAGAAGUUGGAGAUUGGCGAGUUUUUGGUUAAAAUAGACUGA